GUCUAUUUGCGAGAUUCAAAGUUUAGAUCGGGUUACUUGCGACUGCAGUCUCGAUAUGAAAGUUUGCCGAGUGACAAAAAUUCGUUUUACAUAUCGGAGUUUGGAAGGUAAAUUGCCAGAAAUAAUCGAAAAUCUUACAAAUUUAACCUCACUAAUGUUGUAUGGAAACAAGUUUUCGGGCGAGAUUCCAAUGUCUUAUGCAAAUUUAAAGAAUCUCAUACAUUUGGAUCUUGAAGGCAACGAAUUGGAAGGAUCAAUACCCCCGUUUCUUGGUAAUAUGAAGUUGAAUUUCUUGGAUCUAUCUGGUAAUUCAUUUGGCGGUGAAAUUCCAACUCAAUUGGGUUCUCUUAUAAAUCUAACGUAUCUGGAUCUUUCUGGAAAUUUAUUCAGUGGUUCAUUUCCUACUCACUUGAGUUCCCUUGUAAAACCAAAGUCUUUGGUUCUAUCUGGUAAUUCAUUUGAUGGUCCAAUUCCACAUCAACUAAACUCCCUUGCAAAACUAGAGCUUCUGAACCUAUCGGCUAAUUUAUUUAGCGGUUUAAUUCCAACUCAGUUGGAUUCCCUCGCAAAUCUAACAGUGUUGGACCUUAGUAACAAUAACCUCUCUGGUCCUCUGCCCUAUCAGCUUGAAAAUCUAGUUCUUCUUGAAUAUCUCAAUGUUCAAGGGAACAACUUGAGUGGACCAAUCCCAGAUUUCAUUGGACAACUACAAAACCUCACAUAUUUGUCUCUAUUGGAAAAUAAUUUCAAAGGUCCUCUCCCUGUUGUUGCAUUUUCAAACUUGACAGAUCUUAAUGACUUGCAUGUAGCGACUUAGUCGGAGGAGGAGAGUCGCAGUUUCCUAAUUUUACAAAUAUGGAUUCCUUGAACUCUCUGACAUUAAGGAAAUGUUAACUUGUUGGCCCUAUUCCUGACAUCAUCUGGAAUCUAAGCAAUCUGUAUUUGCUGGACUUGAGUUUCAAUAGUUUGUUUGGUCAAAUUCCAAAUCAUUCCACCCUCACCCCACCAAUGCACAUAUUUCUCCAAGGAAAUAAGCUUAAUGGGACAAUUCCAACCUGGAUAAUCAAUUCGACUAUGAAUAUCGAUGUGUCUGAAAAUC